CCCAGAAUUAUAAAAUUCACUGCCUAUAAUUCCAUCAUUUUUAAAGAGCUCAGAACUACUUUUUUAGUAGGCCAUUUUCAACCUGCAAAUUGAGUUCGUAGUUCAGAAUUCCUUGAAUGAGCUCGAAUGCUGAUCAUGAACCAAAGAUCCAGUAUUGUCCACUUCCACAUUCAUAUAUGAUGUAAUUUGUUUGUGCUCAAAUGUUACGUCUGAGUUGCUACUUUCGUUGGCCAAUUGAAAUUUCCACUUGCGUUUUCAUGGAAAACUUGUUUCAAGAGGACCAAGGCAUUUUCUUUUGCAAAGCCAGUUGCUGGCUGGUGGAAAGUGGGCACCUCACCGGAUCAGUAGCAAUUGUGGCUUCAGAGUGGCCGCAACAUGGACAAAGCUGGAGUGGAAAUUGUGGAGCACCAGACGGAUAUUUACCAAGAUGCAGUGGUCUUUAUAACGGGAGCCACUGGCUUUGUGGGCAAAACACUGCUGGAGAAGCUGCUCUGGAGUUUUCCGCAGAUCAAGCGCAUCUACAUGCUAAUUCGGUCCAAGGGUGGGGUCACGGUGGAGGAACGCUUCCGGGGAUUCCUCCUGAAUCCCAUCUUUGAGCGCCUGAGGGCACAGCAUCCAGAGAGGCUGAAGAAGAUCUUUCACUUCUCUGGCAACAUUGAGGACGACAACUUUGGUUUAAAUGAGUCCGACAGAGCCGUCUUGUGUGCCGAGGUGAACAUUAUUUUCCACAGUGCAGCAACGGUGCGUUUCAAUGAGUGUCUAAAAGUAUCGGCUCGUGUCAACUCACAGGCCACCUACAAUCUUCUAGAGCUUUGCAAAGAGAUGGCUCAAUUAAGGAGCUUUUUGUACGUUUCCACGGCCUACUGCAAUCCUGGUCGCAAGUACGUGGACGAGCAGGUGUAUCCCACUAUGCCGCCGGUGGAUUGGCGUCAGUUUCUGGCCGCCACCCAGAAAAUUCCCGACGAUUAUCUGAAUCGCCUGGCCGACUAUAUAAAGGGCCCGCAUGUCAACACCUACACCUUUACCAAAUCAAUUGCCGAGCAGAUCGUGAAUGCAUAUAGACAUGUGAUUCCCAUUGUGAUCGUAAGACCAUCCAUAGUCACUGCUGCCUACAGAGAACCCUAUCCCGGUUGGAUUGACAAUAUCCAGGCUAUUAGCGGAAUAAUGAUGGAGAUCGGAAAGGGGGGAAUUAGCAGCAUUCUGGGGGACAAAGAUCUUAUAUGCGACAUCAUACCAGUGGACUUUGUGGUCAAUGCCAUGAUCAUGAUGGUCGGCAAGGCGAAGUUGGGCAGCUUGAGCAUCUGUAACGCCACUUCGGGAGUGACCAAUCCCAUCACCUGGCAACAUCUGGGCGAGCUCACCAUGAAGUGGUCUAGAAUUUUUCCCACACGGCGAAUGAUUAUGUUUCCGAAUUUCAAGUACCGGCGUAGUGCCCUUAAGCAUGAGUUGGCCGUGUGGCUUCUUCAUUUUGUGCCCGCCUUGCUUAUGGAUCUUCAAACCCUUCUAUUGGCCCAAAAGAGGCGAUUAGUAACCCCCAUUGCCAAGAAAUUCCGGCAGGCAUGUCUGGCAGGUAGCUUUUUUUCGCUAAACGAAUGGAUCUUCAAGAACAGAAGCCGCUUCUAUUUCAAGAAAAUGAUUGAUAAUGGCACCUAUCCCACACUCUAUUGGAAUCUGGAGGAAUUGGACUACGAUGAUUAUGUGCGGCGUCACAUGAUUGGGAUCAAUAAAUACCUGCACCGCGAAAACUUCACCGUCGAUUCGAACAAGUUCAUGGUUACCAGGAUUUACUGGUUCUGGAUUUUCCUGCAUUUGUGUUUUUACAUGAUGCUUGUGUAUAUCAUGUUUUAGUCAAAUAUCUUAUGGGUAUCUUUUAAGCAGGUGAAUUAGGAUUAGGGAAAAAACUUGUAGAGUUUACUUUUUGGAAAUGUAGAAUUAACAGAUUAACUAUAGACAGGUAUUUUAAAUUAUUAUUGACAUUUAGAUUACAAAAUAUAUGUGGGAUAAAUUUAUUCUUUUUGUUAAAUAUUGGUUACUUUCAACAGAAUAGCUUGCCUUUUGAUAACACGUCAUUAAAACUCGACAGCAGCUUAUAUUUAAACAUUUCUAUACGUGCUGAUUUCAAAAAUGCCUCAAAAAAAAACGCCCUUGUUGAAGAGGAUGCGAUGAAUCAGGUGGAUAUGAUGCGUAAUCUUGGCAUUUGGUCGAUUGAUGACUGAGCUGAGCACUAAAAGCAUCAUAUUUUUGAAUAUGGACUCGGAUAGCCAUUCUCAAAAAGCUGCUUCAGACCUCCACCCUCGAUGAUACACUCAUUUAAUUUAUAAAAUAUUUAAUAUUGUAAGCCAACUAUAGUACUACAUUAUUUAUUUAAAUCGAUAAAGUUGGCUAGACCUGACAAGUUCAAUCUUAAAACACUUGUUAUUAAUGCACAAAUUAGCUUCUUAUUCCGUUACUGAGUUAAUAAUGCAAAUUAUAGUAUAAGUUUGGUUUUUGGUGAAAAUUUAAGUCCUAAGAAAGCAGUUAUUGGAAUGGGUAAAAUGCCAAGCCAGAUAUGAUAAGUCAAGUAUACAAUAUUGCUAAGAAUUUCCCCGUAAAGCAGCUGUCUAA